AUGCAUGAACUCCACCAGCCUGAGAGAGAUUUUCAGGAUCCAAGAGAGAAUGAGGGUCCAAUGGAGGCACAGUGCAUUUGGGGUGAGGAGGAAGAGGAGAUGGAGGUGGAGCAGGUGGAGGAGCAGGGGAAGAAAGGAGAUGCAGCUUACUCCUCCUCCUGUCUCCCAGUCUGGGGAACCCUGGAGGAGGUGGCUGCUGCUGCCACAGUCAGUUUCCCACAGAGCCCUGUGGGUGUCUGCCCCUCUCCCACUGCAAUGCCUGCCACUCUGGGGAGCCAGUCUGAAGGCCAUGGCCUCAGCAGGCAAGAAGAAGUACCAAGCACCUCGCAUGACCACGAAGAUGCCAAGUCCUUGCUCCCAGAUGCACUACGGGUGAAGAAGAAUGAGUUGGUGAAAUUCCUGCUUAGCAGAGAUUACCAAGACCCCUUCCUGGUGGUCCUCGGUCAAGCUGCAGAGUACUUGCAGCUGGUCUUUGGUUUGGAGGUGAAGGAGGUGGACCCCAGUGAGCACACCUAUAUCCUGCUCCCCACCCUGAGCCUCACCCUCAAUGAGAUGCCGAGGGAUGGGCAGGGGUUGCCCAAACCCGGCCUUCUGGUGGUGAUCCUGUGCUUGAUCGCUGUGGAGGAUGACCAUGCCCCUGAGGAGAUAUGGAGAACACUCAGGAGGAUAGGGGUGUGUCCCCGGAGGGAGCACUACAUCUUUGGGGACCCUAGGGAACUGCUGACACAAGUGUGGGUGCGGGAGGGGUACCUGGAGUACCAGCAGCUGCCUGAUGGCAACCCUGGUUGCUAUGAGUUCCUGUGGGGUCCCUGGGCCUACUCAGAGAUCAGUAAGUUUAAAGUCCUGGAGUAUCUGGAUAAAGUCUGUUGA